AUGAGCCAGGCUCCGAGCACAGACGAGUCUCAUGAGACAACAGACCUGGAAGAUGCACCAGCCUCAGCGACCUGCCACUCUCCUGCUGGUAAUGAUACGGAAUCCUUCCAGGUCGGACAACACUCGUCACCUUCGAAGACAACGUGGGCGCAUGGAAGCGAACCAAAGCAGAGCGCGGAGGCAGCGGCGGCCUCCGGCUCUGAGCCAGGAAACACUCGCCACACUAUUUGGAGAGCGGCGCACGCAAGUCAUGCAUACCGUCACAUUCUGAAUGGCACAAUCCACGGCGCGACUGGAGACGGUGAUGAGCCGUUGGACGAACUACCCGGAUCCCUUAUUGGCGCAAGCUACUGGGCGCCCCGGGAGAAAGAGAUUCUUUUCCAGAGCCUUACCAAGGUUGGACCGCAUGAUUCCCGCAGACUCGCCAGCGCAAUCGUUACAAAGUCUGCAGCAGAGGUUUGCAUCUACUUGCGAUUACUCCAGCAAGGAGCUGCUAAGGUGGGAACCCUACCCCCAUUGAGCCGUUCUUACCCUGUCUCUGCAGCAGAUGUGCCCGCAGCACAUGAGCUGAGUGCCGGAUGCGAGAACGCCCUAAAUGCAGCAGCUGAGGCUUUGGCGCAUAAGGUCGCUACGUGUGAUGCGCGCCUUGAGCGCAAGAAGUAUGGAGAUGGGUGGCGGAUCGAUGAGGAAGUUGCGGAUUCGAUUGAGGAACAAAUAGCAGCAGCGCAUAGCGAGGCUCAAGACGAUCUAGACGUUGUGGACGAGUAUGAUCAAAGUCGGGCAUCCCAAGCAGAGAGUCUGCUGCGCCCACAGACAUUCUUGCAGCUGUCGCGCAAUCUCUUCAUGAACGGACCGCCUGGCACUGGAGCCAACUGGCGCGAUAUCAAAAGCGCCAACAAGGACGUCAAUGGGCCGGCUAUAUUUCGCACCGCUUUUGAAGAUUUCCAUAACCUUGCUGUCAGCUUCACAAGGCGGUUGGUGCAAGCGGUGCUCUUUCAAUCCUUAUCGCGCUUGCGCGCUAGCGAUGCCAGCCGUAGUAACUGGCAACCGAAGCCUGAGGUCAGAGGGGUCGAUGUAAGCGCCGCUGUGGAUGUGCUGAACUUGCGUACUGGAUGGAAUGUGUAUUGGGCGACACUGCCGCGGCGCUGCGGGCUCGAGCUGUACACAGAGGAUCGCAGAUUUAUGGACGGUCGGCCCUCCACAAAGACUGGUGUUAAGCUUACGUAUGAUGAGGUGGAGGAAGAGUUAAGACUAACUACCGCCCCGCCACCCGACGGUGAGGCCUCACUCCACCUCUCAGACAUCGAUAGUGAUGAGCUCACUGACGCGGAGUCGUCCGAGAAUCUGCAACUCAAUGAGGUUGAGACCGAUGAUGAGGACGAUUCGGACUCCGCAGUCAAGUCAAACGAGCAUGAGCCAGACCUGCCGGAGCAUGAGGACCUAGUCCGGCCGAAAUACGAGGAGCUGGACGGGUCUGAAGACAACAAGCCAGGUGAAAGUACGGAGUACCGGAAGCGCAAGCGAGCCCUCAGUCCAAUCAGUUUUGCGCGCGCCGAAGAUAGGUACCUCGAGUUCAUCGAUCGCCGGGCCGCUUGGCAAGAAGAAUGCUCACUUCGGAAAAGGCUAGGAAUGUCUUCACCUGCAGGAUAUGAUGAAGCCUUACCGGAAAGACCGUUGUUGAGGUCAAGCGAUGCACAACCAUCGAGUCAGUGGUGGGAGCAGCUAGAGUACGAGACCGAGUGGGAAGCCCACGAGGAGUCCAUGGCUGCCGAAGAGUUCGAGGACAUGAAUUUGCGCGGCAAGGCCGGCAAGCGACAAAGAUUGCAUUUACGGGAGAAGCUGAGGGCUGGUCCGCAAACGCAAACCUCGCAAACGCAAACUGAUUUGGCACUCGGAUCUACCGAUGAACACUAG